AUGUUCGGAAGCACUAACACAGGCACGUCCUACUGGAGCGGCUCCACACAGCCGAACACCAACCUGCCGGGAGCCUUCAACGCUCUAGGGGCCAAUGCGCCGAGCGGCCAGCAGGUGGGCUCCACCUUCACCGGCUUCGGCAGCGGAACAACAACGGGCACAACGGGUUUCAUGGGACAGAGCACGACGCCCAGUUUUGGAAUAUCGCAAAAUACAUCGCUGUUCGGACAGCCUGCACAGCAACCAGCCACCACGGGAUUCGGAACCAUGGGGACAACCGGAGGUCUGUUCGACCAAAACAAGCAGGGGUUCAUGGGCAACUCCGGUGGGUUAUUUGGGCAAACGACCCAAACUGGAGGACUCUUCGGGUCUGGGAUGAACACCACCAGUGGCUCCACUUUUGGAAGCACAGUGAACACUGGCACCUCUCUCUUCGGAAGCAAUACGACAACUGGAGGGAUGUGGUCCGGCUCAACCAGUUCGACGUUUGGAACGCAGAUUCAGGGCACUGAGGUGGCAACCCUCAAGCACUUCGACGGUGCAAGCAUCACGCAUAUUUCCUACGAAAAGCCCGACACAUGCCAGGAAGAGUAUAGGUGGGAAUACUACAAAAAGGCUAAUCCGCAGUUCGGUCUCCCUGGAGCGCAACAGGGAACCACCACCACGGGUGGGUUGUUCGGCAGCACACAGCCAACGACCACGACUGGAGGGUUAUUCGGCAGCACAACGACCGGCACCACUACCGGUGGACUUUUCGGAAGUACCCAACCCACUACUACUACAACGACUGGAGGAUUGUUCGGUUCCACUCAACCUUCAACCACUACUGGCGGGUUGUUUGGAAGCACGCAGCCCGCAACAUCAGGCGGACUAUUCGGGUCAACUACCACUACCACAACUGGUGGUGGACUUUUUGGCAGCACUACCACACCGAGCACAACAACUGGCGGCCUAUUUGGUAGUACGCAGCCCACAACAACUACAGGAGGACUUUUUGGAAGCACUCAACCGACUACCACUACGGGUGGUCUCUUCGGUUCAACGCAACCCUCAACCACUAGUGGUGGUUUGUUUGGGAGUACUCAACCUACCACCGGCUUGUUUGGAAGUACUCAACAAAACACAGCGGGUACAACUGGCGUCUUAGGAGGCACGCAGCCAUCAACGACCACCGGUAUGUUAUGGCCAGAUCGAAACGCUCACAGCAAUGCAGGUUUAUUCGGAAGCACUACGCCAGCUGGAACCACUACCGCGUCAACUGGGCUCUUCGGCAGCAAUACCGGUACGUCUACUUCAACCGGCCUGUUUGGAUCGUCCACCACCUCGGCAUUCGGGGGUGCCAACAAGGGCCUCUUUGGAAGCACCACCACCCCGUCUACGACAGGCACCACAAGCACAGGACUGUUCGGCUCCUCAAACUUAUUUGGCGCAUCUACAACACCAGCAACGGGGACUACAGGUACAACAAGGCUUUUCGGCUCAACUACAACCGGUACGACUGGCGGCGGCCUUUUCGGCAGCAGCACUACGCCAACCAGCACCAGCCUACCCAAUGUCUUCGGUAGUACGCCCACCACCACAAACACCAUGACGGCACCUUCUACUAACAUUUUCGGAGCCCCAUCAACGACCGGAACAACCGGUCUCUUCGGGUCCACCAACCCAGCUGGGACCACCGGAUCGCUCUUUUCGAUGGGUUCAACGGUGUCGCAGCCCUUCGGGUCAACUACAGGCAUACAGCAAAUGCAAGCUGGUGGUACCAUGAGGCUAGGGUCACUCACCUUCAACUGGGGCGUCAACACGCCUUCUCCCGGACUGAGAAGCUUCUGGACCAACGAGGCCGACCUGCCACCGGAGGCGAAGCAGUACCUCGCCAAGUUGGCCAACGCCGCAAACAAUGCAGCGCAGGCUAUGAACGCCUCCAAUAUGCGAAAUCAGCUCAAUGCUCUGGCAGAGGCGCAUUCUUCACCAACCAUACCAGACCUAGAGGACGCCCAAGACCGCUUCGGCCUGCGCCAAGUGCUGAAGGACCUCGGUGUUCAGAUUCCACGCUACAGCGUAUAUCAGGACGACACUGAUGAGGCACUUAGAUACCAGCGUGCCGAACUGGAAUCUAGGGGCAAAACGCAGCUGUCCGCCGAAGCCAAGGCAGAGAGUGACAUGUCCAGGACCUUUACCAAGGCGCCCAAGGUGCACCUAACCAGCAAGUUGCCGUCGAACAAGAACGACGCCGAUGAAGUUGCCGGUGACACAUUCUUAUCGCUUCAUAACGGUGGCGCCAAGGCGCUGGACGCACUGCGCUUCCAGGCGAGGGGUGGCCAUCUCAGGAAGCCCCAGCUGCCAACCGUUGAACAGAAGGAUGAGCUCCCCUAUCUACCAAGCAACCGCUCCUCUGUGAUCUUCGACAAGUCAAGCAAUGCAACUAGCCACCGGGGAGACGUUCUGACGCUUACCGGCAGAGAGCAGAGUUACAACGAGCGACCUCACAGGACUCUGGACGAUGUAUAUAAGAUCCGGUCUGACUUGAGGGGCAGCCCAAGCCUCAACGCAAGCAACCCCAGUGAAGACUCUCCCAGUAUGGACGACGCAAACAGCUUGACGGGAACCGCGCCGAAGGAGCCGGCAGAAGCAUGCCCUAUUUUCAAACUGGCGGAUAACGCACCCGGGCACCCGCCGAUCCUAACCAAGGAGGGUUACACCACAAGACCCACCAUGUCGUCGCUCAGACAAAUGUCAGACAAACAGCUCGCCAAUGUCAUGGACUUCCAAGUCAUCAGGGAAGGGUUCGGGGACAUCCUCUGGCCCGGGUACACCGACGUCAGGCAGUUGAACCUAGACAACAUCGUGGACAUCGCACAUCGCAAGGUGACCCUAUACGGUAACACGUCCCGUGUCCACCCAGUGGGAGAAGGGCUGAACAAGAACGCCAUAGUCACGCUACUGAACUGCGCGCCGCGGGAUUACACGGACGGCGGCUCGAUCACCGCCACUGUCGAACAGCUGGAGAAGCUCAAGGACCACACUGCGUCUUUGGGCUGCAAGUUCAUCUCGGCGAACUUCAAGACCGGCCAGUGGGUGUACGAGGCUCCGUACUUCGUGAAGAACGCUGGCGGCGACGUUACGGAGCGGAAGGGUAUCUCCUUCACAAGCUAA